AUUUGGUAUCAUUUGAGGAUGUAGCUGUGUUUUUCCCCAUGGAGGAGUGGGCCCUGCUGGAUUCUGAGCAAAAAGCCCUGUACCGAGAGGUCAUGCUGGAAAACAAGAGGAACAAGGCCUCCUUAGCAGGUGAUGGAUGGGAGAUGGAGGAUUCUGGCCAAGAGGCCGCAGCAUCUUCGCUAAAAGACAAAAAGGAAGUUGCAGAAAAGAUGUAUGGAAAGCAAAGUUCAGAGGAAAACCAGUUAACAGGGGAGCUGGAGAACUGCUGUGGUUUACCAUGUGCAGAUACCAAUGUCUUACUGGACACAGAUGAUAGCCAUGAAAAAGAAGUGUGUUCAAGGUGUGGGAAAACACUCUGUAAUGAAUCUGGAUCAUGUGACUGUUGCCAAAGCCCUGCUGGAGAGAAACAAGAUGAAAGCAGGCAACACCCCAGAAGGAGCCUUCCUCCUCCUUUACAUGAAAGAAUAAAUGAAGGAGGGAACCCAUACAAAUGUACAGAGUGUGCAGAAAGCUUCGGUACAAGCUGCUUCCUUUCAUUGCAUAAAAAGAUUCACAAAGCAGAGGAUCCACACAUAUGUCUGGAUUGUGGAAGGACCUUCAGGCAGAAAAACCAUCUUAAUUCACAUCAGAGGGUCCACAAAGAAAAGAAACAUCAUCAAUGCAUCCCCUGUGCAAAGACCUUCGGAAGCAGCGCCUCCCUUACUUCCCAUCAAAGCCUCCACAGAGAGGAGAGGUUGCACGAACUCCGGGAGGGUAGAACAAGGUUUACUCAGAGCAAGGAACCGAAUUCCCGGAAAAAAAGCCCCACUGGGAAGAAAUCAUGUAAAUGCCUGGAAUGUGGGAAGAGCUUCUGCUCUGCAAGUGACCUCACUUACCAUAAGAGGAUCCAUACAGGGGAAAAGCCAUAUUAUUGCACAGUGUGUGGAAAGAGCUUUGCACAAAAAAGCAAUUUCAAUUUACAUAAGAGAAUCCACACUGGAGAGAAGCCGUAUAAAUGCACAGAGUGUGGGAAAUGCUUCAGUGCCCCUUGUACACUUUCUUCCCAUAAGAGGAUUCAUACAGGGGACAAACCCUAUAAAUGCUUGGAGUGUGGAAAAAGUUUCAGCAGAAGCGGCACUUUAACCAUACAUCAUAGGGUCCACACAGGGGAAAAGCCAUAUCAUUGCACGGUGUGUGGAAAGAGUUUUGCACAUAAAGACAAAUUAAAUUUACAUAACAGGAUACACACUGGAGAGAAGCCGUAUAAAUGUGUAGAGUGUGGAAAAUGCUUCAGUGUCCGAUGUAAUCUUGCUUCCCAUAAGAGGAUCCACACAGGGGAGAAACCCUAUGAAUGCCUGGAGUGUGGAAAAAGCUUCAACAGACGUGAUACACUAAUUUUACAUAAUAGGAUGCAUAAAGGGGAGAAACCUUAUAAAUGCCUGAACUGUGGAAAGAGCUUCAGUCAAAAAGUUCAUCUUAAGUCACAUGAGAUGAUCCACACGGGAGAAAAACCAUUUCAAUGCAUGGAGUGUGGAAAGAGCUUCCAAUGCUCUGCACACCUUACUGCCCAUCAUAGAAUCCACACAGGGGAGAAGCCCUUUCAAUGCCUCCAGUGUGGAAAGCGCUUUGCCAGUUCUGGUAGCCUUCAUGCCCACAACCGGACCCACACAGGGGAGAAACCAUACAAAUGCCUGGAGUGUGGAAAGAGCUUCCGUAAAUCCGGCCACCUAACUUCCCACAGAAGAAUCCACAGUGGAGAGAAACCAUAUCAAUGCACCAAGUGUGGGAAGCGCUUCAGUCAAGGAAGUAAUCUUACUCUCCAUAAAAGGACUCACACGGGUGAAAAGCCCUAUAAAUGCAUCGAGUGUGACAAACGCUUCGCCAGUUCAGGUUCCCUCACUUGCCACAAAAGGUUCCACACUGGGGAGAAACCAUAUGAAUGCCGGAUGUGUGGAAAGAGCUUUAAUGAAAAAAGUAGGUAUAUCAUACAUAGCAGGACCCACACUGGGGAGAAACCAUAUCCAUGCCAGGAGUGUGGAAAAUGCUUCACUGAGUCUGGAGCACUGAGGAUCCACACAAGGAUCCACACAGGGGAGAAACCCUAUCAGUGCACGGAAUGUGGCAUGAGUUUCAGGAGAAGUGGUUGCCUUGGUAAGCACAAGAGAAUCCACACUGGGGAGAAACCGUAUACAUGUCAUGAGUGCGGAAAAAGCUUUAGACGUAAUAAUUCACUCAGGAGCCAUAGAAGGCUUCACUCAGGGGAGCAACCCUAUAAAUGCCUGGAGUGUGGAAAAUGUUAUAGGGAGAGUGGCCAGCUUACCUCCCACAAUAGGAUCCACACAGGAGAGAAGCCAUUUAAAUGCAUUGAGUGUGGAAAGGAUUUCAAAGAUGGCAGGAAUCUUACACGCCAUAAAAAAAUCCACAUGGGAGGAGCCCUAUCAGUGUGGAAACCGUACAAAUGUACGGAGUGUGCAGAAAGCUUCGGUACAAGCCGCUCUCUUGCAUUGCAUAAAAAGAUUCACAAUGCAGAGGAUCCACAUAAAUGUAUGGAUUGUGGAAGGACCUUCAGGCAGAAAAACCAUCUUAAUUCACACAAGAGGGUCCACAAAGAGAAACAGCAGCAUCAAAGCUUCCCCUGUGGAAAGACCUUCAGAAGCAGCGUCUCCCUUAUUUCCCAUCAAAGCCUCCACAGACAGGAAAACCCCACUGGGAAGAAAUCAUGUAAAUGCCUGGAAUGUGGGAAGAGCUUUCGCUCUGCAAGUGACCUCACUUGCCAUAAGAGGAUCCAUACAGGGGAAAAGCCGUAUCAUUGCACGGUGUGUGGAAAAAGCUUUGCACAAAAGGGCAAUUUCAAUUUACAUAAGAGGAUCCACACUGGAGAGAAGCCGUAUAAAUGCACAGAGUGUGGAAAAUGCUUCGGUGCCUCAGGUACUCUUACUUGCCAUAAGAGGAUCCACACAGGGGAGAAACCCUAUGAAUGCCUGGAGUGUGGAAAAAGUUUCAGCAGAAUUGGUGCUCUAACCUUACAUAAUAGGAUGCAUAAAGGGGAGAAACCUUAUAAAUGUCUGCAUUGUGGAAAAAACUUUAGUCAAAAAGUUCAUCUUAAGUCACACGAGAUGAUCCACAUGGGGGAAAAACCAUUUGAAUGCAUGGAGUGUGGAAAGAGCUUCCAUUGUUCUGCAACCCUUACUGCCCAUCACAGAAUCCACACGGGGGAGAAGCCCUUUCAAUGCCUGCAGUGUGGAAGGCGCUUUUCCACUUCUGGUGGCCUUGAUGCCCACAAACGGACCCACACAGGGGAGAAACCGUACAAAUGCCUGGAGUGUGGAAAGAGCUUCCGUAAAUCCAGCCACCUAACUUCCCACAGAAGAAUCCACACUGGAGAGAAACCGUAUCAAUGUGCCCAGUGUGGGAAGCGGUUCACUCAAACAAGUUAUCUUACUGUCCAUAAAAGGACCCACACAGGUGAAAAGCCUCAUAAGUGCUCUGAAUGUGACAAACGCUUCACUGAUUUAGGGAAUCUCUAUCGUCACAAAAAGCUCCACAGUGGGGUGAAACCAUUUGAAUGCCGCACGUGUGGAAAGAGCUUCAAUACAAAAAAUACCUAUGACAUACAUAGCAGGACCCACACUGGGGAGAAACCCUAUCAGUGCCCCGAGUGUGGAAAACGCUUCAGUGAUUCUCGAGAACUGAGGAUCCAUACAAGGAUUCACACAGGGGAAAAACCCUUUAAGUGCACUGAGUGUGGCAUGAGUUUCAGGAGAAGUGGUUACCUUUGUACCCACAAGAGGAUCCACACUGGGGAGAAACCAUAUACAUGUUAUGAGUGCGGAAAAAGCUUUAAGCAAAAUAAUUCACUCAGGAGCCAUAGAAGGCUUCACUCAGGGGAGAAACCCUAUAAAUGCCUGGAGUGUGGAAAAUGUUAUAAUGAUAGUGUAAGUCUUACCUCCCACAAUAGGAUCCACACAGGGGAAAAACCAUUUAAAUGCAUCGAGUGUGGAAAGAGUUUCAAAGACAGCACAAGUCUUACACUCCAUAAACGAAUCCACACAGGGGAGAAGCCCUAUCAGUGUGUGGAGUGUGGAAAGAAAUGCAGAACCAGGAGUGACCUUAAUCGCCAUAAGAAGAUGCACAGCAGGAACAAAUGAUGUGAAUUGGUUUGUGUUUCUUCUAAACAUUUGCUUCAUGUCCAUAGAGGUUUUGCAGGAGAUUCUGGAGAAAUGCAUGGAGCAUGGGAAGGGCUUCCAAAGCAGCAGAAAUGUCUUGAUUCACUAAAAAGAAGAGUCCCCUUGUAGAACUAGGAAUUAACUUUCGUUUAUUAGAUCUUUGUGCUGGAGUAGAGUAGAGUAGAGUAGAAUAAGAUUAGAAACAACAAGAAUAGAAAUGGAAUAGAAUAUAGAAAUAGAAAUGGGGAUGGAAAGGGAACUCUCCAAUUGGCCAAGUGAGAUUGGACAUACAAGGCCUGUGUCUCCAAUGCAUACGCUCACAAGUGUACAUAACAUACAACAAAUGAUCAACUUUUGUCAAUGCGAACAGCAAAGGGAGGAAGGGAUUUGGGAACUAACACAUCCGGAUGUCUAUGGAGAUUGUCAGUCAUCCAGUCUGUGGUUCCUCCCAAAGGUACUUUUAUCAAAAGGCAACUGGACUUUUUUUUUCCCCUUGAGGGGAUUUCCCUUCUCAUCCAAGAAGUUUCUUCAGUUCUGUUUCUUCUUCAAUGAGAAGCGAAAUGUCUUCAAGAAGAAACAAAGUCCAGUUGACUUUUGAAAAGAAGCACUUUUGGGAGAACACCUUCAAGACAAGAUGGGGACCGCCACAAUGUAAAAAAGAUGUUGAGACUGUAGAAAGAGUGCAGAGAAUAGCAACAAAGAUGAUUAGGAGACGGGAGGC